UUUAAAAAUUAAUCACCGGCCUGACAGAUUAAACGGCUGCACUUGUUCCCUCUACAUUCAGAGACAUUUACUUUUCUUGUCAAGGGAAAUGCUGAGCUGUUGUACAAACCCCAGAAGAGUACUAGGAAAUUGGAUUACAAUGAAGAGACCCCUUCUACUCCUGUUUGCUGUGACUCUGGCUGGAGUUCGUGUAACCAGUGCAGCUCCAAGGCUCUGGGGAGACACCAUUACUGAGUUUGCUGUGGAUCUGCACCAGGCAAUACGUUCCGUUGACACCGAAGAGAACAUUAUUUUUUCCCCACUCGGUGCUACUUUGAUUCUAGGAAUGAUAAAACUGGGAGCGAGAGGAGCAACAGCUCAACAAAUAAAGGAAGUUCUAAAACUGCAGGGAAAUCAAGAAAGUGAGGAGUUUUCGGAGCUCCGAAAGCUCGUUUCUGUCAUUUCAGAAGAAAAUAAAGAAUUUGCAUUUAAUCUCGCAAAUGCCCUCUACCUUCAAGAAGGCUUCCACGUGAAGGAGCAGUAUCUCCAUAGCAACAGGGAUUUUUUCAAGAGUGAAAUAAAGCUGGUGAAUUUCCAAGAUUUGAAAGCAUCUGCCAAAAUAAUAAGUGCAUGGGUAGAAAGACAAACAAAUGGAAAAAUCAAACACAUGUUCUCAAGUGGAGACAUUGAGCCACUCACAAAACUUGUUUUGGUAAACGCUAUUUACUUCAGAGGAGAAUGGAAAUACAAGUUUAGCCCAGAUGCCACUCACCCACAAGACUUCAGAGUAAAGAAAGGCAAUGUAACCAAGAUACCAAUGAUGCAUCUCCAAACAGCAACAAAGAUCGGAUAUUUUUCUGAAAAUGAAUUGAAUUACAAGGUAUUGGAACUUCCAUACAAAGGAGACAAGCUCAGCUUAGUACUAGCUCUCCCAGAAGAAAAUGUGGAAAUAGAGGAUCUUGAAAACAAGUUGACAGAACCAGUACUAAGGGGCUGGAACACAAAGAUGACAGAGGAAAAGGUUGAAAUUAGCUUGCCUAGAUUUAAAAUAGAACAAAAGGUUGAUUUAAAGCCUGCUCUGCUGAACCUAAAAGUGACCAAUGUGUUCGACCAAAAUUGCGAUCUUUCAGGAAUAACAGAUACAUCAAACUUACACAUUUCAAAAAUGGUUCAAAAAGUUUCUAUUGAAGUAAAUGAAGCUGGGAGUGAAGCAGCCGCAUCAACAGGGAUACAGGUAGCUGCAAUGAGCAUUACCAAUCACAGAUUUGUGGCUGAUCGUCCUUUCCUGUUUUUUAUUCGGCACAAUACAUCAGGAUCAAUUCUGUUUAUGGGAAAGGUGACGAAUCCAGAUCUGAGUGAUGUAAGAGGUCGAGAUGUAGAAUCGUUAUAAAUAGAAUAAACAGUCACAUUUUUGGAGCGGUUCUCAGUGUCCAGCCAAUGAAAAUCAAAAUAUGUCAGCGAUUUUCUUGUCAUUACAUGUGACAUAUCUUAUAUUUACUGCCUAGAAUGGUGAAGGGUUUGUAACAGGACAUAUUAUUAAUCAUAAAAAUAACCAAUAUAAUACAAUAUCAGAAAUGGAAGGUUAAUGAGACAUCGCUCCAUCCAUGAACAUGGUGUAUGUCUCGUUACUCUGCAAUGCCCUUUUCACCAUCCAUGGCCAAUAGAUGUUAGAUAUGUACAUGUGGUAAAAAGCUAUGAUUGGUAACUUUUCUUCAUUAAUAAAAGCAUUAACAAAUAUAAUUAACAGAUUUUCCAGUCUAUGAUAAGAACUGAUGAUUGAGAUCAUUAUGUUACUUAUUCACAUCCAUUGAUUUUAGUGUGCUACAAUGCCGGUGUAUAUUUUACUUACUGUAUAUGCAUGUAGGGGUAUCAUUAAAAAUGAAUAGCAGUGGA